AUGGCUGAUGAACUGGAAGCAGCGCUUGAACUGGCAUCAGAGGUGACGCCUGCUUCUGCCGUUGCUCUCAGUUUGCGACAGGAGAGAGGAAAGGGUGAAACUGUCACGUCUGCAACAAUUGAGGAUCAGCCACAGCUCCUGCUGUGCUUUACCCCAGCACGCACCUCUGCAUCACAGGAAGCACGUCUUGUGAAAGCCCUUUCGGGCCAUCUGGCUGUGACAUUAGGUAUUACCCCAAGGCUAGAGCCACUGCCAGCUGGCCAAAUUCUUCGCAGCUUUGCUGGUAGGCCAUUCAAAGUUGUCGAACGUGAAACAUUCGCGGACAGUGCUUCUCCACAUGCAGCUGGCUGCCAAGACCUGAGAUUCCCCACGCAAAGCCCUGAAGAAUUGCUUCCAUCCGAGUGGGCCUUUGAAGAGGACUUCAAGCCUUAUCGCCUCAAUCCGAACAACGAGGUGAACGAGGAGGAGGAGGAUGCUCUGGAAGAGCGUAUGGAGGGCGUUGAGCACAACCAGCCUCUCCUUCAAGAUCCUCAAAGUCCUCAACCUUCUGGGAAAGAGUCAUUGGCUCUCGUUCUUGGCAACAUGAACGAAGGGAAUGAAGGAAAUGAAGGGACUGCCUUCUCAGCAAGGCUGGCCACAGCGGUGUGUGCUCGUUUGAGCGUCGAGGGCUGGGUGGCCCAUGCAGUUGAUCUUGAGGAGGCUGUCGAAGCUGUAGAAGUGGUUCAUCAUAGGGAAGGUCCGAAUGGUGGUCAGGAUGCGCCGACCUUGUUGGUCCACUUGCUUCAAACUGAUGCUUGGCCAGGUGAGGCCAAUGAUGUGGUGAGUUUGGUACAAAUUCUGCAAGCUUGGGGCGUGGGUCCACGCAGUGGCCCUCAAGAGGCAUCAGCGCUUCGCUCGCUUCAUGUGUUGUGUGUAUCGACUGGACGCUGCGCCCGCCUGUGUGGAGCAUCAUCGGACCCUCAUAAGCAUCUGCUCACGGGAGUGCUGCUCAGCGCUGCAGCUGAGCUGCCGUUGCGUGUAUGUCAUGUGGAUGUGGCGCCAAGCAUUGCAGAGACAGAGCACGCCUUGCAGGAGUCAUCUCCAAGCCUGAAGCUUGCAGAGCUGCUUGCUCCAAUCUCUAAAGGUCUGGUGACAGAGAUGGGAUUUCCUGCCGAGCUCCUGGUCGAUGCUGAUGGCAACCACCUUGCUCGCAGACUUCGGCCGAUUACGCUGGAGGUGAGCCAAGCUGCACAUGCUGCGCUGGAACCUCGCACGGUGCUGAUGGCAGGCGGCGCAGGCGGUGUGGGAGCUCUUUGGGCACAGUUCCUGAAGGCAGAAACCUUAAUUCUCCUCGGACGGUCCCAUCCAGCAGGAAAGCCAAGAAAGACACUGGAUCAGCUGAGGCAUGUGGCAUCUCAGGUCCUGUAUAUUCCUGUUGAUGUAAGCGACAGGCGUUUGCUGUGGACAGCCUUGCAGAACUGUCCUGUAAAGGAUGUGGAUUUCGCCUGUAGCUUGUGCGAGUCCUUCGUGUCCUCGCCCCUGCGUGACUUAGAUUCGACUUCCAUGGAUGGGCCACUGAGGAAGCUUCGUGGAGCCGAAAAUGUUGUCUCAGUGUUGGCAUCACUGUCACAGGGUCGAAAAGCCAAGAAGCAAUUGCCCGUCCUGUUCACGUCCACGGCAGUGUCUGUGAACGGGGCUGCGCAGCUUGCGCAGUAUGCCGCAGGUGCACGCGCUUUGGAGGCAUUCUGUGCUCGGGAGCGGUGCCGACACCGCAAUGUUUGCGAUGUGCGUUGUGUGGCACUGUCGGCGUGGGAUGGCGUUGGCAUCACCGAAAAGUUCCCACUCUUGGCAACAGCUGCACCGGCAGCCGGCUUAAAGGUCUUAUCAGCGCAGAUGGGAGUUCUGGCACUCGAGGCGGUGUUUCAGCGCUUUACAGCACCCCGCUACGGAGUGCUCACUGUUGGUAUUGAUGGAUGCCAUCCACGGUUUGCAUCGCUCACUGGUGGAAAGCUCGGAUCCAGUCCAGCUGUCAGUACCGCUUCGAUACAAGGUUGCAUUGAGAUGGUGCAAGCAGCAGUGCGCAAGGUACUAGGACGCGAUGCCCAGCUUGGAGACAGCUUUGUGGAAAUUGGGUUGGAUUCCAUGUCGUCAAUGUCUCUUCAUGCUGCAAUUUGCGAGUCUGUUGGUGCCCCGUCGCUGCCGACUAGCAUAUUCUAUGAUCAUCCCACAGUACUUUCUGUGGCCAAGCUGGUGCAUAAGCAGGCAAGGGCUACCGCAGAUCAGCUCGGAGCAGACGCGGCCAUGGACGAUCAUACUGACGACUCGCUACUGUCGCUGGAGUCGCUGGCCACUGGGAUGGAAAGCAUCGAGGCACGUCAGUCGUAUUACUUGAGCCUCGCACGGGAAGCAUUCCUGCAGAAGGAUUUCCAGGAAGUCCGUCGCCAGUGCCAGCAGUGUUGGAGUCAGGGCCCAGUCAUCGGGCUGGUCCAGGUUGCCGUGCUCCGUUUGGAGACCGAAGCCUGCGAGGGCUUGGGCCUUUUCGAUGAGUGGCAACAUGCUGCCGAGGCCACGGUUCGCGUUUGUGAAGAGACAUUUGGACGCGACCAUCCUGAGACAAGUAUAGCCACUGUUAAGCUGUUCCAGCAUGGCUUCCAUGGCUUCACUGAGCACUCGGAAGCAAAGAUGCUAUCAAACUUAUCACAGCCUCCGGGGACAUCGGCCUUCCUAAGGGAAGUGCAAGCAACAAUGCUUGAUCGCCACUCUCGCUUUAUGGCGGCCAUUGCUUGGGUAGAAGCAGCAGGUUACGCUACACGCUUGAUGACUCAGUCAGCGACCACUGCAACGUGGAGAGGUGCAGAGGCAUUUUCGGAGAGGUUGCAGACUUUGAAUUUAGAUGGCCAGAAGCUGGGGAAGCUGGGUCAGGAUGGUCAAGGCUUGGCUUUAGGCGCGCUUGGGCAGCUCCUGGCAUUGGAGACCUUGAUGCUCCGUCGAAAUCAGCUCACCGAGGUACCACUCGAACUUGGCCAAUUGGUGCGGCUUCGGGAGCUGUGGUUGACUCAAAACAAUUUGUCUGAACUUCCCUCAAGUCUUGCCUAUCUCUCCAGGCUUCAAGUGUUGGCUCUAGAGAGGAACCGAUUUGCAAGACUCCCAAGCUGUAUUUCCAAGAUGCGACGGCUCCUGCAGCUGGGUUUAGAUGAGCAGGAGACGCCGAUGAAAGAGCUUGGCACAGUGCCAGCAGCGGUACUGUCCAUUUUGCGAGGCCGCGGUUGUCAAGCUGCGCUUCCACUUCUGGCAUGGGAGCGAGAGAAGCACGAGAAACCCAACCUGAAUACUGUCUUUUGGGCCAACAACGGCCUCUCUACAGUGCCGCAGCUGCAUGCGUUUUCGCAAUCCCUACGUCUCUUGGACUUGGCUCACAACCAGAUCACUACGAUUGGAGAUGAGAUUUUUGAGCUUUGCAACCUUCGAGAUCUCAGCCUGGCAGGAAACUUUCUGCAACAGCUGCCUUCAUCGAUCGGGAAAAUGCGAUCGUUGCAGCAACUCUGGUUACACGGAAACGAUUUGUGCCAACUCCCAGAGGAGCUUGGAGACUUGGAGGCACUUGCGAUACUGGAGCUGCACCACAACCGCUUGGAAAGUCUGCCAAUGUCGUUCUCAAAGCUUCUGAAACUGAAUUGGCUGUUUGCUCACGGGAACCUUCUCACAGAUGCACGGCUCGUCAAGGUCUUGUCCUUGCUCCCAAGGAUCAAGAUCGUAGGUCUCGGUUCUAACCUCCUUCCGCUGAAAGACUUGGACUUCAGAAAGUUGGGAAGAGCCAGCUUCGGCCUGGCGUGGAAUCCGGGAGUUGAAGCCAACCAAUUCACAGAAGCAUUGACUACCACUGACUUGCAUUGGGACAGGAUGGACCAAGAAAGCUUGUCAGACAUUUUGGUGAUAACCUUUUCGGCCCAGGGUGCCCCAGUGGCACAGGGCCAGGCCGAAGUGCGUUCUUUGCGCGAUUCGUUUCUAAGAGUUGAUGCGCUCUACGUGUGUGAUCCCGCAAAUGCCUGGUUCAUGCAAGAUCCGUCGCGACAGUGGAGAGGUUUGCCGUAUUUCCACCAGAAGAUAGCCGAGAUUGCCACACAGUAUCGCCGAGUUUUUGCAUGGGGUGGAUCUAUGGGAGGUUCUGCUGCACUACUUUUCGCGAGCUUGGCCAACCGAGUGCAUGCUUUCAGCCCUCAAGUUGAUCUCGUCUACACAUGGCCAUCCUUUGCCACUUGCUCAGUCCGUGACAGUUUCCGACAGCGUGUGCAGGAGUCCGUGAGAUCUUGCCGUGGCCAUGUGCACGUGCACGUUGGUGCCGAGAAUCACACCGACAACCGCCAUGCUGCAGCGCUGCCUGCUUGCACCAGCAUCCAUCUCCACGAGACUGCGAACCACAAUACCAUGAAACAUUUAAAGUUGCGGCGGAAGCUUCUCCCACUUCUGAAGUUCGAGGUUGUGGAUCUGCUUCUGGAAAUUGCAGAAAAUCGGCGCUGA